GGCGCCGCGGAUUCGGCGCGUCCCUGCAGGUUCGGCUUCUGGAGUUGGUGACCUCCCCCAAAUUCCACGGUUCUGAGGAGACGAGCCAGGCAAGAGAGAAACUUCUUGUGAGUCCAGAGUGGGAGGAUGAAGGUCAUCACGUGUGAAAUAGCCUGGCACAACAAGGAGCCUGUGUACAGCCUGGACUUCCAGCACAACACAAACGGGAAGAUCCACAGGCUGGCCUCAGCCGGGGUGGACACUGCUGUCAGGAUCUGGAAGGUUGAAAAAGGACCAGAUGGAAAAGCCAUUGUGGAAUUUUUGUCAAAUCUUGCUCGUCACACCAAAGCUGUUAAUGUUGUGCGGUUUUCUCCAACUGGGGGAAUUUUAGCAUCAGGAGGAGAUGAUGCUGUCAUUCUGCUGUGGAAGGUGAACGACAACAAGGAGCCAGAACAGAUUGCUUUUCAGGAUGAGGACGAGGCUCAGCUGAAUAAGGAGAACUGGACUGUUGUGAAAACGCUGAGGGGCCACUUGGAGGACGUGUAUGACAUCUGCUGGGCAGCUGAUGGGAACUUGAUGGCCUCGGCCUCUGUGGACAACACGGCCAUCAUCUGGGAUGUCAGUAAAGGACAAAAGAUUUCCAUUUUUAAUGAGCAUAAAAGUUAUGUGCAAGGAGUAACCUGGGACCCUCUGGGUCAGUAUAUUGCUACUCUGAGUUGUGACAGGGUACUGCGCGUGUACAGCACGCAGAAGAAACGUGUGGCUUUCAAUGUGUCAAAGAUGCUGUCCGGGAUAGGGGCCGAAGGAGAGGCAAGAAGUUACCGGAUGUUUCAUGAUGACAGCAUGAAGUCGUUCUUUCGUAGACUCAGUUUCACCCCUGAUGGAUCUUUGCUCCUCACACCAGCUGGAUGUGUGGAAUCUGGUGAGAAUGUAAUGAACACAACAUACGUUUUCUCCAGGAAAAACCUUAAAAGGCCCCUGGCCCAUCUUCCCUGCCCCGGAAAAGCCACGCUGGCUGUUCGCUGCUGUCCAGUCUACUUUGAGUUGAGGCCAGCUGUAGAAACAGAGAAGGCGCCGGAGCCCAGCACGCAGCUGCUGAGGCUGCCCUACCGCGUGGUGUUUGCUGUGGCCUCCGAGGACUCGGUGCUGCUUUACGACACCCAGCAGCCCUUCCCCUUUGGCUACGUGUCCAACAUCCACUACCACACGCUGAGCGAUAUCUCCUGGUCCAGCGAUGGAGCCUUCCUGGCCAUUUCUUCUACCGAUGGUUAUUGCUCGUUUGUGACAUUUGAGAAAGAUGAACUUGGCAUUCCACUGAAAGAGAAGCCAGUGUUGACGGUGAGAACUCCUGAUACAGCAAAGAAAACCAAGAGUCAGAUGCAGCAGGGGGCUUCCCCAGGGUCCAGACCAGCCGAAGGAGGCCUGGCCAGCAGAGCUCAAGACUCCAGCAGCCCUGGGACAUCGCCCCUGCCAACCACAUCUACUCCAGCCCCGGCAGCUGUCAAGGACAUGUCACCAGUCACACCUGGUGUCAAAAGCCCUUCAGAGGAGAAGAUCCUGCAGCCCAACAGUCAGAACCCCAGAGCCCCCCCAUCACGGAGGGUCACGCUGAACACUUUACAGGCCUGGAGCAAAACACCUCCGCGGAGAAUAAACUUAACACCCAUAAAGACAGAUACUCCACCAAAUUCUCUACCAAGCGGCCUAAUGUCUCCCUCUUCCACAGAAGAAAUGGAAUCAGAGAUGCCUGCAGACCCUCAGGGCAGUCCUCCGGAACUGAAACGGCCCAGAUUCGAGGAAGACAAGGGAGACACCCAAAGCCCAGACCCUUGAUUCCUGAAUUCCGCCUGCAGCCUGGCAGGCCCAGCGCAGGGAGGGAGCGGGGAGGCCAGAGAAGCCCGCAAGCGGCAUCGGAGUGGAACGGACGUCUACCCAUAAAUUGAUUUGUGACAGCAAGAAACAUGCACUGGUUUUUCCCCAGAAGUAUGCAUGUUCUUGGACUCAGUCAUUUAUUCUCAACUAGAGAAUGUGGAUAUCAUAACAGACUAAAUCCUCCCUCUGAUGAGUUUGUGAAACCAGAGCAGUUCGCCGUUAUCUAGUGUGAAAAUCAGUAAUCCUAGAAACACUCGUGGAAGCGCAGACACUUCCUGGAGGGAAUGCCUGUGAAGUGACAACUAGAAAGUGAUGGGGAACGUUUGUACUGUUGGGUUUCAAAGUGCUUAAAGUGAUUAUUAGGUUGGGCUUCAAUUAGUUGAUUAAACUUUGAAUGAUG